GAACGCACCAGAGGAAGUUGUUGUCAGUAGCAUUGCUAGCAUCAGACAUUAGAAGUAUGUCUUUACUUUUCUCCCUGUAGAACCGUAGACCUUUAAAAAUAACUCUGGAGGAGGCUGUCGCAUUGUUGGAACUGUAUUUAGUUGUGAUGAUAAUUUCAUUUUCUUGGGCUAUUUAUUUUAUAUUCGUGUCGAAGCCUCUGUUUGGGAAGAAUUAGCUCGCCAGCGUUAGCUAUGGGUCGAUGACACAGACUGCACCAGAAGAGUUUUCCUGAGCGCCGCCCAGCUUCUUGCACUUGUGAAGAAGCAAAGAUGGAUUUCUCUAAGUUCCUGGACGACGAUUUUGAUGUGAAAGACUGGGUGAACGGAGCCUUCAAGGUGGUGCAGAAGGACGCUCCGGGGAAGGCGGACACACACGCAGCUACACUGGUCAUGAAGCUGCAGCUGUUCAUCCAAGAAGUCAACAACAGCAUCGAGGAGAGCAGUAAUCAGGCCCUUCAAAAUAUGCCCCGAGUGCUGAGAGAUGUGGAGGCAUUGAAACAAGAGGCGUCCUUCCUGAAGGAGCAAAUGGUCCUGGUCAAAGAGGACAUCAAGAAGUUUGAGCAAGACACUGUGCAAUCCAUGCAGGUCCUGGUGGAGAUCGAUCAGGUGAAGAGCCGAAUGCAGCUGGCCGCUGAAGCGCUGCAGGAGGCAGACAAAUGGAGCACACUGAGUGCAGACAUCGAGGAGACCUUCAAAACACAGGACCUUGCAGUGAUUUCCUCUAAGCUGACCAGCAUGCAGAACAGCCUGUCCAUGCUGGUGGACACACCAGACUAUUCUGAGAAGUGUGUCCACCUGGAGGCUCUGAAAAACAGACUGGAGGCCAUGGCCAGCCCACAAAUAGUAGCUACUUUUAAUUCCAUGUCUAUAGACCAAGCCAAGCUGUUUGUUAAAGUCUUCACAGAGAUAGACAGAAUGCCGCAGCUUCUUGCGUACUACUACAAGUGUCACAAGGGCCAGCUGGUGAGCAUGUGGCAGGAUCUCUCUCAGAGCGAGCUCAGUCUGAAUCAGCAGCUGUCUGAAUUCUACGACACUUUGCUCUCCACGUGGCACUCUCAGCUUCAGUGGAGCAGCCAGGUGUUCAAGAACCCGUAUGAAGUGGUGACAGUGCUGCUGAUCCAGACUCUGGGCGCCAUGGUGCCGUCCAUCCCCGUAUGCCUGAGCACAGCCAUGGAGCGGGCAUCCCAAGAGCAGCGUCUGGACACCCUGCUGGAGCUCCAUAACACAGCAUCCACCUUCGGACACAGCCUGGAAGCCGCCAUGCUGCCACACCUGGGUGAGAAUAACCUCCUGAAGGUGAAUGAGCUGGUCUGUGCGCUGUAUGAUCCCUACAAAUCUUAUCAACUACAGUAUGGAGAUCUGGAGGAAGCUCACCUCCUCAUCCAGAUCAGCGCUGUACCUUUGGAACACGGGGAGGUGAUUGAUUGCGUAGAAGAAUUGAGCCACUCCGUUGGAAAGUUGUUCGGUCUGGCGAGUGCUGCUGUGGACCGCUGCGUCAAACUCACUGAUGGACUUGCUGUGUGUGGCCUCCUCAAAGCUCUCAAAGCUGUCUUCACCAAGUAUGUGUCGGACUUCUCCACAACACUCCAAUCAAUUCGAAAGAAGUGUAAACUUGAGGAUACGCCGAGUUCAUCUGCUUUCCAGGAGGACUGGACAGCCUUCCAGAACUCAGUCAGGAUCAUUGCCACAUGUGGAGAGUUGCUGAGACAAUGUGGAGCCUUUGAGCAACAGCUGUCAAACAGGAUCCUGGGCACAGCAGGAAAGUACUUGUCAGAGUCGUACAGCCCACGCAGCCUGGCAGGCAUCCAGGAGGCCAGUUCCACAGAGAGGAAGAGCGCCACCAAGAACCCUUGGCAGGAAUACAACUACCUACAGAGGGGAAACGUGGCAGAAUACAACAACCUGAUGGAAGUUCUUUACUCAUUAAAGGAGAAGGGCACGGGGAACUCCAGCUUGUUAGCUGAGCCCAGAACAGCUCUGACCAGACUCAACCAGCAGGCCAACCAGCUGGCCUUCGACUCUGUCUUCCUGCAGAUCAAACACCAGCUCUGCCUCGUCUCCAAGAUGGAGAAUCAAGAGGCGCCUGGUUUUGGAGAGAGCUACACCGAGGACCUGCCUACUUUCAGCCUGUCACCACAAGAAUACAUUACAAAUAUAGGACAGUACCUGAUGUCUCUGCCACUCCACCUGGAGCCUUUUGUGACACAGGAGGACCCGGCACUGGAGAUGGCCUUACAUGCUGGGAAGCUGCCUUUCCCUCCAGAGCAAGGUGAUGACCUUCCUGAGCUGGACAACACAGCAGACUACUGGUUGGGCUCAAUUGCUCGGGCAACCAUGCAGACCUACUGUGAUGCCAUUUUGCUGAUCCCCCAACUGAGCACCCAUUCCGCUAAACAGCUGGCCACAGAUAUCGAUUAUCUGAGUAACGUGAUGGACGCUCUGGGCCUGCAGCCGUCUCGCGCCCUGCAGCACAUCGUCACGCUGCUCAGAGCUAAACCAGAAGACUACAGGCAGACGGCCAAACUGCUGCCUCGUCGACUGGCCUCCACCAUCGCUGCACUGCGCGGCAUCGACUACUAACAGCAGGGGAGAAGGACUAUAGGUACAGUGACUCUCAGAGCGGCACUGGGGACUUCCUGCUGAAGAAUGUGAUAUUAGUAGCAGCUGGUUUACAUGUUACAGUCCCUUGAAUCUCACAUUUGCUACUGAUGAUUCUCAGUUGGGGCUGCAGCAUUUUAGAAUCUGUUUAUCCAGGUAAGUAUGGGAUUUAUGGGAAUGUUAAGCGACUGAAAUCAGGUUGGUUCUCGCGUUUUUUUUUACUGAUUAGCAAGUUUGGCUUUAAAUGAUGUCUCACCAGUGAUGUUGCCUUCAAGUCAAAAUAUUACUGUUUCUUGACUUCUCAUAUAUAGUUUCUGCAUUUAUUAGAUGGGGAGAGACUGUGUUAGAGCAUUUUUAAAAAUCUAAAUGACCAAUAUAUUAGACAUACAUCAUACUAAUAUAAUUAAUUUUGGCUAUUAAAUUAUAUAGAGGUAAUAUUUCUAAUACGUGCUGUAUUGAGCUUCACGUUCACUGGUUAGCUUCUGAGGUAAAGGAAGAGGUGAUUUAUAUCUGUGUUAUUGUAGCGAGGGCUGGACUGAUAAUAUGGAGACUCUUCAUGUGGAUGUUUUUGGUUUUUUUCAUCUUUUUUCAUGCAGUAAUGUGAAAAUCUACAUAAAACGGUAUCAUCAACA